AAACAUUUGUUCUACACAAAACGACACGUAGUUUUGUUUGUUUGUUUAUUUCGAAAUAGAAAGAGGAAGAGUGAAGCAUUGUUCAACUGCUAGUGUUUCACUGUCAACAAUGGUGGUUGAGACAACGAGGAAGAAGAAGAAGAAGAUGAGGUGGAGUGUGAUUUUCUGCGUUUUCGUUUGUGUUUGGGUUGCGUCGAUCGAGUAUGGUGGUGUGAGAGUGAUGACAGAGGCAGAGUGGUUCAAACCCUUCAACGUCACCUACGAUCACAGAGCUCUCAUCCUCGAUGGCAAACGCCGCAUCCUCAUCUCCGCCGGAAUUCACUACCCACGCGCCACUCCCGAGAUGUGGCCUGAUUUGAUUGCAAAGGCCAAGGAAGGUGGGGCAGAUGUAAUUGAAACUUAUGUAUUUUGGAAUGGGCAUGAGCCAGUGAGAGGACAGUAUAAUUUUGAAGACAGAUAUGAUCUUGUGAAGUUUGUGAAGCUAGCUGCAUCCAGUGGACUCUAUUUCUUUCUCCGUAUAGGCCCCUAUGCUUGUGCUGAGUGGAAUUUCGGGGGCUUUCCAGUCUGGUUGCGUGAUAUCCCUGGUAUUGAAUUUCGAACGAACAAUGAACCUUUCAAGGAGGAGAUGAAGCGGUUUGUCUCCAAGGUGGUGAAUCUUAUGAGAGAGGAAAAGCUGUUUUCUUGGCAAGGUGGUCCUAUAAUUUUGUUGCAGAUUGAAAAUGAAUACGGGAACAUUGAGGGCUCCUAUGGCAAGGGAGGUAAAGAGUACAUUAAAUGGGCUGCUCGAAUGGCUCUAAGUCUUGGUGCUGGUGUUCCAUGGGUCAUGUGCAGGCAAACAGAUGCUCCAUAUGAUAUCAUUGAUACAUGCAAUGCAUACUACUGUGAUGGAUUUAAACCAAACUCUCGUAACAAACCAAUCAUGUGGACAGAGAACUGGGAUGGAUGGUAUACGCAGUGGGGUGAAAGAUUGCCUCAUAGACCUGUUGAAGACCUUGCAUUUGCUGUUGCACGUUUUUUCCAACGUGGAGGAUGCUUACAAAAUUAUUAUAUGUAUUUUGGCGGAACAAAUUUUGGACGCACUGCUGGGGGACCUUUGCAAAUUACAAGUUAUGAUUACGAUGCUCCAAUUGAUGAGUACGGUCUGCUGAGUGAGCCGAAGUGGGGCCACUUGAAAGAUUUACAUGCUGUUAUAAAACUUUGUGAGCCUGCUCUAGUGGCUGCUGAUUCACCAACAUAUAUAAAAUUGGGUCCAAAUCAGGAGGCACACGUGUACCAAGCAGAUGUUCACGCUAAAGGAUUGAACUUAUCUCUGUCUGAAUCCUCUGGCAUAUGCUCAGCAUUUCUUGCCAACAUUGAUGAGCGGAAAGCGGCAACUGUGACCUUCCGUGGUCAAAGAUACACUAUACCACCUUGGUCUGUGAGUGUGUUGCCAGAUUGCAGAAAUACAGCUUUCAAUACUGCUAAGGUUGGAGCACAAACUUCAAUCAAACUGGUACAGUUUGAUUUGCCACUUGUCUCUAAUUUUUUCACAACCCAGCCAUUGAUGCACGACAAUGGCAUUUCCCACACCUCAAAGUCUUGGAUGAUUACAAAAGAGCCAAUCAAUAUAUGGAGCCAGAGCGGCUUCACUGCAGAAGGUAUAUGGGAGCACUUAAAUGUAACAAAGGAUCAAUCUGACUAUCUUUGGUAUUCAACCAGAAUAUAUGUUUCAGAUGGUGACAUCUUAUACUGGAAGGAAAAUGGUGUUAAUCCAAAUCUUAUUAUAGAUGGUGUCCGUGAUGUAUUGCGCAUUUUUGUCAAUGGCCAACUUGUAGGUAAUGUUGUUGGUCAUUGGGUCAAGGUGGUUCAGACUCUUCAAUUCCUGCCAGGAUACAAUGAUUUAAUACUGUUAUCUGAAGCAGUGGGUCUGCAGAAUUAUGGUGCCUCCCUUGAGAAAGAUGGAGCAGGAAUUAGAGGUGUAAUCAAGCUCACUGGAUUUAGAAAUGGAGAUAUAGAUCUUUCAAAAUCGUUGUGGACCUACCAGGUUGGGCUUCAGGGCGAGUUCUCAAAAUUUUACAGUGAAGAGAAUGAAAAUGCAGAAUGGGUAGAAUUGACUCCUGAUGCCAUUCCAUCCACAUUUGCAUGGUACAAGACAUAUUUUGAUGUCCCUGGUGGCACAGAUCCAGUUGCUCUUGACUUUGAGAGCAUGGGGAAAGGUCAGGCUUGGGUGAAUGGUCACCAUAUUGGAAGAUACUGGACUCGGGUUUCCCCCAAAAGUGGAUGUGAACAAGUCUGUGAUUACCGUGGAGCAUACAAUUCCGACAAGUGUACAACUAAUUGUGGAAAACCAACUCAAACCUUGUACCAUGUGCCACGAUCAUGGUUGAAAGCCUCUGACAAUUUACUUGUUAUCUUUGAGGAAACUGGAGGAAAUCCCUUUAGGAUUUCUGUCAAGUUACAUUCGGCUAGAAUAGUGUGUGCUAAAGUGUCAGAAUCCCACUAUCAACCUUUGCACAAGUUGAUGAAUGCAGAUCUCAUUGGUCAAGAAGUUUCUGCGAAUAGUAUGAUACCUGAAUUGCACUUGCGUUGUCAAGAUGGACGCAUCAUUUCCUCAAUAACAUUUGCUAGCUAUGGAAAUCCAGAAGGGAGUUGUCAGAGUUUUUCAAGAGGGAACUGUCAUGCACCUAGUUCAAUGGCUAUAGUUUCCAAGGCUUGCCAAGGGAAAAGGAGCUGCUCCAUUAAAAUAUCAGACACUAUAUUUGGAGGUGACCCUUGCCAGGGUGUUAUGAAAACGCUGUCUGUGGAAGCUAGAUGCACAUCACCAUCAGUGAUGGUUUCUUCCAACUUCAAGGAUGUAAGCAGCUUUUAAAAUGGGUCAUCAACAAAUAAAAAGUGGCCUUUAAUUGUGUUCAUUGUUUGAUUGUAUAUUAUGGUACUAUGCUAAAUCUCAUGAUUUUGUAAAUAAUGCAAGGUCGUAAAUAAACAAUUUAUUUUUAUCAA